UGCCGCGGCCGCGCGGCGACGUAGCGGCCUCUAAUAAGCGAGGUUCCGCGAGCGUCAGUGACCCGUAGGAGUUAGGAAAGAGCCGCAAGAAGCGAACCAACCCAAACCCUAGCCGAUUCGCGGCGCCUUCGCACGCCGCACCGUCGUCCAUUCAUCGGAUUCUCUAGCAACGGCGUCCGACCGCGCCUUCCCUCCAGUCAAGGUCCGCUCCCGUCCACGUCCAGAUCGGAUCGGGUCGGAUGGCUUGUGAGUUAGGCAAGAUGGGGCAGGAGAAGGCACGGACACCUACUAUCGCCUGCGAAAGGGGGAGGACGGACGGAGGUCGAUUCGAGGAUGAGAAGGAGGACGACGAUGAUUUCGAAAUCGUUGGGUUCCGUAGAACAUGGGAACUCUGCUAUGCCAGUGACUACGGUUCCUUCGAGGACAUCACUGUGCCCUCCAUGCGCUAUACGUUUAGACCCUUCCCAAAGAAUGCCAUACGCCAGGGCGGAUUGCAGUUCUUCUCCGCUAAAGUCGCCGAACUUAAAGAGGAGGAAGGUCUCCACUGGCCACUGCACGUUUAUGGCUUGAUUGCCACCAGGGACUCCGCAGAUCCUAGACGAAACCUUCUUUUCGACCGCACUAGGGAUAGUUGCCAAAUCAUAACUCAAGAGGAUCCCAUUUUGCAGUUGACAGGCCCCUCUCGUGCUGUGGUGUUAAUUGAUCCAGUUACUAUCGAAGUUCAACUGAAAGCAAAGUGCAAAACUGAGUCUGAAGAUAAGGUGCUCAACUUCAGUGUGUUUGAAUACAGCCAUCAAGAUUCUUAUGAGGAACCUCCUUUCUUAACUACAAUAUAUACCCGCUGCAAACGAAGUAAACUUGAGUUUGCAGUUGCGUUUCUUGUUCAAUCAGUUGAGGCCACAGUCCGUGUGAGAGUUGUUCGUGGGUCAUGGCCGGAUCAUUUUCGAGGACAAAUCAUGUCCCGUACAGCCAGUAUCAGUCAUGGUGCUAUUGUGCUACUAGAUUCUCGAUAUGGCAGAAUGAAUUUCAACAAAUAUGGUGUAAUUGAGCUUUCAAGAUGUGUUGUUUCUGUGGAACCAUGUGGACAACUGAAAGUUGAUGUGGUGGCUUCACAAGUCGAUGAUGAUAGAAAUGUUGUUGCACAAGGUCUGGUUGAUUUCACACCGAAAAUGGCCGGUGUCAGUCAUGGUAUAUGUGACCUAGGCUUCUGUGUGCUGAGAUUCAGCGUUCACUGGUCCCUUCCCUGCUAUGCUGGCGAGCAUGUGGGCCUGAUUACAAAAUAAGGUUCUCUUUGGCUCUAGCAGUAUAUAGGGUCGUCGUAGGUCUGGCCACAACAAAUGAGCGCCCCAGUUUUAGCGUGCUUCAGCGCACUAGCUGAGCACAAGUGUGGCACACCGCAUUACCGGAAUUGAAGCAAACAGCAAGCUAACGUCUGGCAGAGGGGGGCUGAUUUUCAGCGAGUUUUUCAUGUUCUCCUGUGUCUGUUUUGAUGAAAUGUCUAUAUUUGGCAUUUUUGGUGGCACAUUAUAAAGCUAUCUGACUGUUUCUGUACUCAAAUCAUCAGAUGCAUUUGUAUUAUUAAUAUAUAUCAGUCUUGCUGUUAUUUGUAAGAUUGAUUUCUAGGUCUAUAUUUAAAUGGUUUGUUGUCUU